AGUGUUUGCGAGUUGGACUCAGAAAAAAAAUUGACAAUUUCAAGCCAAAACCACCUUUGAAUGGCAAAAUUAAUUUCAUCAAAAUUGAUAAAAAUGUGUAUUUUUUGCAGCCAGGAAAAAUUGUCGAUUCUGUUUCAGGAUGAAAAAUUUUUACUUAUCAAAGAUAUUCGUCCGGCAACCGAACAUCAUUAUCUGGUCAUACCAAAAGAACAUUAUUCAAAUAUUAAAUAUUUAAAUCAACAACAAAUACCGAUGAUUGAAAAUAUGAAACAAAUUGCCCAAGAUUUUUUACAAACAAAUGUUUCCGAUUUUGAUCAAAACAAUUUACGAUUAGGAUUUCAUUGGUCACCAUUCAAUACGAUUGAUCAUCUUCAUCUUCACGUUUUAUAUCCAUAUCGACAAAUGAAUUGGCUACAGAAUCUAAUUUUUCGUCCAAAUUCCUAUUGGUUUAUUGAUGUUGAUGAAGGAAUAAAAUAUUUACAAAACAGAUAAUGAUGGUUGGUGGUAGGUAGAUCGAAAAAGAAUAUAGCAAGAAUAUUCUUCUUCUUAAUGCGCGCAUGUUCAUUUCGAAUUCCAAUGAAACGUUCGAAUCGAAUAUUCAUCCGGGGAUCAUCAUCAUCAUCAUUAUUGUCGAACCAGAAAAAUUUGACUCAAUGGAUUCUACAUUCUUUUUUC